GGCGCGGGGGCUGACGGGAUUCCUGGCGGGCCGCCGGAAGUUGGCGGCGCGGCACGGCCGCUCGGUCUGGGCCUCAGGCCCGGAUUCCACGGACGGCAAUGGCGGAGAUGCCGACGGCGGCGGCGGGCGUUGCGGGGGAAAGGGAGCGCGAGGAGGAGGCGGUGUUGUGGACCCCCGAGGUGGAGGUGUGCCUGUUCCACGCCAUGCUGGGCCACAAGCCGGUCGGGGUGAACCGUCACUUCCACAUGAUCUGUAUCCGGGACAAGUUCAGCCAGAACAUCGGUCGUCAGAUCUCGUCGAAGAUAGUUUGGGAACACCUCAACAUCAUGUAUGACAUGCAAGCGCUGCACGAGUCCGAGAUCCUGCCCUUCCCCAACGGCGAGCGCAACUUUGUUCUACCGGACGACAUCAUCCACGGAGUGAAGGAAGGCAAGAGUGGGGUGGACGAGGAGCUGAAGGCCGAGCUCAGGGAGGAGUUGCCAGAGCUGUGCGUCACUGAGGAAGGUGGCAGCAAGGUGGUGGAGAAGGCCGUGGUGAAGGAGAAGGUGCCGGUGGUGGGUGAGGCCGGGCCCAAGGACGUGGUGGACAAGCGCAAGAGGAACCGCGCCACGGCCAACCUGCUGAGUGUCAACAGUAACCCGUCCAGCCCCAGUGGGGCCAAGCGCCGCCGCGUGUAAUGGGGUACGCCCUGCACUGUGGGGUUCACCCUGGGGAGUGGGGUACGCCCUGGCUUGAGGGAUACGCCCUGCGCUGUGGAUACACCAUGCUGGAAAUGUCUGCCUACCCCUUGCAGUGGGAGUGGGGAGAGGGGGUUCGCUACACACAGCCGUGGGACCGUACCCCGCCCGCUGCCUCUGCAUCCAGCGGAGUUCCAGGGGCUGCAAGGGGGGGAUCCAGGGGCCGCAUGGUGGGUCUCAGCUAGUGCCUGUUGGUCAGUUACUGCCCGCCGUUCCGCUGCACCCCCUCCCUCCACCCAGGGGUGGGAUGGGCAGAGCUGGCAUCAGCUGGUCCAGUAAAUGGUCCAAAUACACCGAUAGACCUGGGCGAGAGGAGUCUCGUGUUACUUUCAUUGUGCUCCCCCUCUUGUUAUUUGUUUAUGAAUGCAUCUUUUUUUCAAAGAUUUUCUUAUUAAAACCAGGUUGGAGA